AUGGCCACACCUCCGAAAAAGAAAAAGACACUAAAAUCAUGGAAUGCUACAACUACAUCUGCAACCACAACAACGCCUCGCCAGACCACACAAACAACCAAGUGCUGGUGUCCAAAAACAAAAGACUGCCCCCUGCUGUUGCAGAUCUUAAAUCUUUGUGACCCUCCUGCUCAGUCAUGCACUUGUCCCCCUACUAUUACAUCUCCAACCACAACAACACCGCACCAGACCGCACAAGUCUCAACAAACACAACUACAACCCCGCCAUCAACCACUCCCCCACCAUCAACUACCUCUCCCCCAUUAACUACCCCCAAAACAUCAACUACUUCGCCACCAUCAACGACCUCCCCACCAUCAACUACCCCCCAACCAUCAACCACUCCCCCACCAUCAACUACUUCCCAACCAUCAACUACUCCCCCACCAUCAACUACCUCCCCACCAUCAACUACCCCCCAACCAUCAACUACUUCCCCACCAUCAACUACCUCCCCACCAUCAACUACCUCCCCACCAUCAACUACCCCCCAACCAUCAACUACUUCCCUACCAUCAACUACUCCCCAACCAUCAACUACUCCCCAACCAUCAACUACCUCCCCACCAUCAACUACCCCUCAACCAUCAACUACUUCCCUAUCAUCAACUACUCCCCCACCAUCAACUACCUCCCCACUAUCAACUACCUCCCCACCAUCAACUACCCCCCAACAAUCAACUACUUCCCUACCAUCAACUACUCCCCCACCAUCAACUACCUCCCCACCAUCAACUACCUCCCCAACACCAACUACCCCCCAACAAUCAACUACUUCCCUACCAUCAACUACUCCCCCACCAUCAACUACCUCCCCACCAUCAACUACCCCCCAACAAUCAACUACUUCCCUACCAUCAACUACUCCCCAACCAUCAACUACCUCCCCACCAUCAACUACCUCCCCACCAUCAACUACCCCCCAACAAUCAACUACUUCCCUACCAUCAACUACUCCCCCACCAUCAACUACCUCCCCACCAUCAACUACCUCCCCACCAUCAACUACCCCCCAACAAUCAACUACUUCCCUUCCAUCAACUACUCCCCAACCAUCAACUACCUCCCCACAAUCAACUACCCCUCAACCAUCAACUACUUCCCUAUCAUCAACUACUCCCCCACCAUCAACUACCUCCCCACCAUCAACUACCUCCCCACCAUCAACUACCCCCCAACAAUCAACUACUUCCCUACCAUCAACUACCUCCCCACCAUCAACGACUACAACUACAUCUGCAUCCACAACAACGCCUCGACAGACCACACAAACAACCAAGUGCUGGUGUCCUAAAGACUGCCCCCUACUAUUGCAGAUCUUAAAUCUCUGUGACCCUCCUAUUCAGUCAUGCACUUGUCCUCGUAACUACUACUAUAUCUCGAACCACAACACCACCACACCAGACCGCACGUGUCACUACAGAAGUCUCAACAAACACAACUACCCCCCUGCUAUCAACUACUCCCCCACCAUCAACUACCUCCCCACCAUCAACUACCCCCCUGCCAUCAACUUCCUCCUCACCAUCAACUACCUCCCCACCAUCAACUACCUUCCCACCAUCAACUACCUUCCCACCAUCAACUACCUCCCCACCAUCAACUACCUCCCCACUAUCAACUACCUCCCCACUAUCAACUACCUCCCCAUCAUCAACUACCUCCCCACCAUCAUCUACCCCCCCACCAUCAUCUACCCCACCACCAUCAACUACUUCCCCACCAUCUACUACCUCUUCCUCAUCAACUAUCCAUCAACUACCUCCCCACCAUCAACUACCUCCCCACUAUCAACUACCUUCCCACCAUCAUCUACACCCGCACCAUCAACUAUCCCCUCACCAUCAACUACCUCCCCACUAUCAACUACCUUCCCACCAUCAUCUACACCCGCACCAUCAACUAUCCCCUCACCAUCAACUACCUCCCCACCAUCAACUACUUCCCCACCAUUAACUACCUCCCCACUACCAACUACCUUCCUACAAUCAUCUACCCCCCCACCAUCACCAUCAAGUACCUCCCAACCAUCAACUACCUCCCCAUCAUCAGCUACCUCCCCACUAUCAACUACCUUCCCACCAUCAUCUACAACCGCACCAUCAACUAUUCCCUCACCAUCAACUACCUCCCCACCAUCAGCUACUUCCCCACCAUUAACUACCUCCACACCGUCAACUACCUCCCCACUGCCAACUACCUUCCUACAAUCAUCUACCUCCCCACCAUCAUCUAUCCCCCCACCAUCAACUACUUCCCCGCCAUCAACUACCUCCCCACCAUCAACUACCUCCCCACUAUCAACUACCUUCCCACCAUCAUCUACACACGCACCAUCAACUAUCCCCUCACCAUCAACUACUUCCUCACCAUCAACUACUUCCCCACCAUUAACUACCUCCCCACUACCAACUACCUUCCUACCAUCAUCUACCCCCCCACCAUCACCAUCAAGUACCUCCCAACCAUCAACUACCUCUCCAUCAUCAACUACCUCCCCACCAUCAACUACUUCCCCACCAUCCACUACCUCCUCACCAUCAACUACUCCCCUGCCAUCAACUACUCCCCCACUAUCAACCACCUACCCACCAUCAACUACCUCCCAACCAUCAACUACCUCCCCACCAUCAACUACCUCCCCACCAUCAUCUACCCCUCCACCAUCAACUACCUCCCCACCAUCAUCUACCCCUCCACCAUCAACUACUUCCCCACCAUCAACUACCCCCCAAUCAUCAACGAGGAUGACUACAGAAACCUCAACAACCAUUCCCCCAUCAUCUACAACUUCUUCUACAUCACAAAUGACAACUACAAAUAAUUCACCUGCGACUACAAAUUCUUCCAAACUUGGAUUCUACGGGUUUGGUUCACUCAUCUCUACUCAACUGUUUCUAGAGAACAAUAUGUCCAUUUUUCUCUGUAGUAUGGAACUCUACAGCCUUUGUGUGCUGACAGGAUACGAUAGUAUUGAGUAUUGCUCAGAUGUGUACAUCAAGCUUUCUUAUAUUUCAGUCAUAGAUCAUCAACUCUACACCAACUGGUGUAAUAUAUACUUCAUAGACUACACGAAGCUACUGCUUUUGUACAAGCUGCCACCACCUCCUUGGAGAAUACAAGUACACGGCAAACAACAGCCAUAA